AAUGAACUAUAAGAUGCAAAGUGUUACACGAAUCCCUACUUUUUCACUCUAACUUGGCUUGUAAUCAUUGUGAUCGAUUGUAAGCACUUGAGAGUUUUCGAGUAAAGAUUGUGCACCCCUAUUCUUUCUACAAACCUGCUAUUUAUAGACUUAAAAUGUAACUGACUUCUAACGGUCAAUUAAUACAACUAUUACAAGUGUCUUCUGAACAUAGCUUCGUCCUACACGUGUCUUUCUAUUCUAUACGUGUCCCUCGUGAAUCAUCUUUCAAAGACAAACCGGCUUCUCAUAUGGAACUCUCCGUAUCUCGAAAAACAGUACUUUACAGUCGAAGUCGUUGAACACUUGAUAAAUUUCCUUGAUUCCCUUCACUUUCGACUUCGAAGGUUGAACCCAAUAUAAAUUCCAAACGAAAUGUCCAACAAUAGGUCGAAAUUAUAUGCAAUUAACACUGGUACUAGUAAAUAUGUUAAGCUGCACUCUUUUAGAAUGUUGUGUUAUUCGCUCUAGCGAUUUUUCAGUAUUUCAAGUUUCCUUGUGUGCUUUGCAUAUGUUUUUUAAAGGAUGCUUUAACACCUGACAUGUUAAGGUAUUUGGUUGAUUUUCUUUCUUUCUCAUGUAGGGAGCACUGAAAUGAAGGAAAGGAAAAUAGACACCGACUCGUUGUUCUCUAUUUCUGAAAACUAAACAAAAAACCCUAGCCUUCAAUCUUCGGCUUUCAAUCGCUAAUGUUGAUUCGGCAUUCUCGAGUAAUCACCAUGCUCCCUUACUGGCUCAAGUGCAGACCUACUUGCAUCUUCAGCCAAUCCCUUAGUACCUCAAAUGGGUACGGUAGAUUCCCUUCUCAACAUUUGAAUCCCAAUCAAUGGAAUCAACAACAUCCACCACCACACCACACUCCUCAAAACCCCAACUUCAAGCCACCCAAUCAAUGGAAUCAACAACAUCCACCACCACACACUCAAAACCCCAACUUCCAGCCACCCAAUAACAACUGGAACCCUCGGACUCCAGCCCCACAAAACCAAUUUCUGAAGCAAGCUCCGGUUCAAGUGCAAGCUCCACCACCUUCUAUCAUUGAUUUGUGCAGGGAAGGGAAGCUUAAAGAGGCGAUUGAAUUGCUGGAUGAAGGGGUCAAGGCUGAUGCUUUUUUUCUUUUUUUUUUUGAUAGGCUGAUGCUGGUUGCUUUGAUCUUCUCUUUGACUUGUGUGGCCAGACCAAAUCCCUCGAGGAUGCUAAGAAGGUCCAUGACUACUUCUUACAAUCUACCUGCAGGGGCGAUUUCAAUUUGAUCAACAAGGUCAUUGAUAUGUACGGGAAUUGUAAGAGUAUGAUUGAUGCAAGGAGGGUGUUUGAUCAUAUGUCUAACAGGAAUAUGGAUACUUGGCACUCGAUGCUUCGUGGCUAUGCGAAUAGUACCAUGGGAGAUGACGCCUUGCAACUGUUUGAGCAGAUGAAUGAGCUGGGUUUGGAGAUCACGUCCGAGACUUUGCUUGCAGUGUUAUCAGCUUGUGGCAGUGCUGAGGCUAUGGAGGAUGCUUUCCUUCAUUUUGAGUCCAUGAAAAGCAAGUAUGGAAUUGAACCGCGGGUGGAGCACUACAUUGGGCUUUUGGAUGUUCUUGGACAAUCUGGAUAUCUCAAGGAAGCUGUGGAGUUCAUUGAGAAGUUGCCAUUUGAACUCACUGUGACUGUGUGGGAGACACUGAUGAGUUAUGCUCGCAUUCAUGGAGAUAUUGAUCUUGAAGACCAUGUGGAAGAGUUGAUGGUUAAUCUUGAGCCAUCAAAGGUUGUUGCCAAUAUGAUCCCUACCCCGCCUCCGAAAAAGUACAAUCAUAUUAGCAUGCUUGAUGGCAGGAACAAAAUCAUUGAGUAUAAGAAUCCUACUCUCUACAAGGAUGAUGAAAAGUUGAAGGCUUUGAUUGGGAUGAAGGAAGCAGGGUAUGUUCCUGAUACGAGAUUUGUUCUUCAUGACAUUGAUCAGGAAGCAAAGGAGCAGGCUUUGCUCUACCACAAUGAACGUCUAGCUAUUGCAUAUGGCCUCAUUAGUACUCCACCAAGAACACCUCUUAGAAUCAUUAAGAACCUUCGUGUCUGUGGUGACUGUCACAAUGCCAUUAAGAUCAUGUCCAGGAUUGUAGGGAGGGAAUUGAUUGUCAGAGAUAACAAAAGGUUUCAUCAUUUCAAGGAUGGAAAAUGCUCUUGUGGGGAUUACUGGUGAAGGAUUCAUUACUUGAAUUCUUACAAUAUCUUGAAUGUAGUUUUUUAUUGUAGACCGAGAAACCAUUUGUGCUUGGAAGGUUCAAUGCUGCUUAUGCAGUAUGCACUGAUUUAUAAUGUAGUUGCUUCUUGUUUGAUAUUCA